AACACACACACACACACACACACACACACACACAUGCACACGAUCCUGCUCUGAGGUUAAAAACCUCCUCAUCUCUGUCAGCCUCUAACAGCUGCUUCUCACACACACCGGAGGAGAAAUUCGGGACCAGUCCGAUCUGCACAACGCUGCACAAAAGGGGGUUGGAACAAUUUAGAUUUCCCCCCAGGCUCGAUACAUGUUCGUAUUAGUAAUGGGUUACUGUGCGUAGGGUAGGGCGCUUUUUAAAAAAUUCAACCACUGAGGGUGUGUCUGGAGCACAGUUACUACUACGGCAGGCAGGAUGGGACAAACUCGCUCCGCUGCUUUGCGCACCGCAGACAUUCCAGACGGAGCGAAAUGGAAAGCGGACGAAACAACCCAGCGACUCCGGAUCUGCAGGUUUAGGAGCGGAGAGAAGCGUCGGACCGGCCAGAUUAACGGGAAUCAGAUGAAAAAUAAAGUGCUAUCGUGUCUAGGAAGGAGAAAGCGAGACUCCAGCCCGACAGAAGCGGAUUCAGGUCGCGGAAACGACCCCAGAGACCGAGCAACGCACAGCGAUCGCAGAGCAGGAAAGUUGCCGAGGGACGACAGGGUUUCUGCGGUGGAGGAGCUUCGAGCACCCCGAGGUCCUCCCGAGUCCCCGCCCGCCCGAGGUGAUCAUGUUGACGCUGUUCAGCACGCCGUGAACCCGCAGGACGCAGCGGCGGGAUCGUCCGAUGAAGUCCGCGCCACGAGCGGCGAGGAGCGGACAUCCCGGCGAGAAGACAAUGCCCCGGCUCCCACGACGAGGGCCAUGAAAGACCUGCCGCCGCGGGGGGGCUCCGAGCGGGGUCGCCAUGCGUUGUCUGAGGGUCCGCGGGCUCCGAGCUCGGGCGCUUUGGAUCGCGAACUGAUAACGGGCGCCGCGGGUGAAAUGACGAAACGUGACGCUUCACGUGGACCCGGCGGAACCGGGGACCAGAGCAAGCUUUGUCCGACGCAGAUCGAGCCCCUAGAGGACUCCGAUUGGCCCCCGCAUGGUCCCCCAGAAGGCCAAAGUUUCCCAAGACCCAUACCGAAGCUCAUCAUAACCCGAGACCCAAGCCCUCCCCCGGAGCUGACCACCGUGCGGUCGGAGCUCGGUGGCGGCGGCUCGUGUCUGGACCUUCACCCCGACGACGAAUCCCCCUGCUCGGACAGCGGCUGCGGAGGAUCCCCCGCGCUGAUGCGCUCCCUGAGGAAGCUGUCCAACUCCUCCUCCAUCGGCCUGUCCUCCGCCUCGUCCUUCGAGGAGUCCGAGGACGACUUCACCGGGAGCGACAUCGAGUCCAGCCUGUCUCCGGCCCGGUCCAUGUGCAGCCCCGACGACGGGACAGGGAAUAAGUCCUGGCAGAAAUUGAAGACCAUGGUUCACUGGUCCCCCUUCGUCGUGUCCUUCAAGAAGCGUUACCCGUGGGUGCAACUAGCUGGCCACGCAGGUAAUUUCCAGGCUGGGGAGUAUGGUCGCCUGUUGAAGCGAUACUGCGAGUGCGAGCAGCAGUGCCUGCAGAAGCUGAUGAAGGACACCCUGCGCCCGUAUGUGCCCGGCUAUUACGGGAUAGUACAGAGAGAUGAGCAGGACUAUAACCUGAUGGAUGACCUGCUGGCUGACUUUGACUCGCCAUCGAUCAUGGACUGUAAAAUGGGCAGCAGGACGUACUUGGAGGAAGAGCUGAUGAAAGCCAGAGAGCGUCCACGAUUGCGAAAGGACAUGUACGAGAAGAUGGUGGCAGUGGACCCCGGGGCCCCCACUGAGCAGGAGAGAGCCCAGCAGGGAGUCCUCAAACCCAGAUACAUGCAGUGGAGGGAGACCCUCAGCUCCACAGCCACGCUGGGCUUCCGCAUUGAAGGCAUUAAGAAAUCCGACGGAACUUGCAGCACCAACUUUAAGAAGACAAAGCUCAGGGAGCAGGUGAUGCAGGCCUUGGAGGACUUUGUAGCUGGCAACACUCAGAUUCUGAAACUCUACCUGCUGCGGUUGGAAGAACUUCGAUCCGUCCUUGAGCAAUCACACUUUUUCCGGUCACACGAGGUCGUGGGCAGCUCGCUGCUGUUUGUGCACGACGCCUCGGGGAAGGCCCGAGUGUGGAUGAUCGACUUUGGGAAGACAGUCCCCCUGCCGGAGCCUCGCACCCUGGACCACAGGACUCCCUGGAUGGAGGGCAACAGGGAGGACGGCUACCUGUGGGGCCUGGACAACCUCAUAGACAUCCUCAGCUCUAUGCUCCCUCAGACAUCGUGAAAAGGCGAGACUCGGAUGAGACCAUGAGGUCCAGAGAUACUCAAUCGGGGAGAGAUUGCACAGACUGAGACUGAAAAGGUAUCCAAGUGUCUUUUAUCCCUUCGGCUUUAAGGAGAUGAUGAAUCAAGUCAAGCACAAGAUUUCUAGUGCUAAGUGGAUUAUGCCAAAGGCCAACUUCAUGCCUUAUGCUCCAUUCGUGGAACUUGGGGACAGAUGGCUUGUUAACAAUUGAGGCAAAGAGUAGAAGAGAAAGAAAUGAAUGCAGAAUGGCAACUCUUGUGUCAUGGAAUGAGAGUACCGUCUGAGUUCAAAGACCUCUGCAGUCACUUUAAGAUGCCCACCUGACUCCUCGUCUUCCUCACCGCCUCCCCCUGUUGGCCAGAGCUGCGCACAGCACUCGCACAACUACGAACUGGACUCAAAGAGGUCGUGAAACUUUUUCUCGAGGCCUUCCAGGAGCAGUGGGUAACGGGGAUAAUUAUUUUUGUGAUGGAUCAUUUUUUUAUGUUUAACACUAAAACUCUGGUCAGACCACGUAAUAACUCAGUGUGUAAAUACAUUUUUAUUAACAUUUUUUGGGGCCUUGGUAUAACCUCCUUAACUUGUCCGUGCCUAUCAUUUCUAAAGAACAAGCUGUUUCAUCAUUCCAGUGCAGUGGACUCGUGAUAUUUCUUCUUCCAAAGAGUUCACCCACGUAUUAACUGCUUUACAAUAUAAUCCCAAAAUUUAACUUUUUAAGUGUUUUCUAAGGUUGGAUUUUUGUAUGAUGAUGCAGUGAAGUCUUUUGCUUUUUCUCAUUUAACUGUACUUUAAGCAGCCCGGCGGCCAUGUUUGUCUGGAAUUUGUUGCACUAUGGAUCCUCUCGAAGCCAUCGAACAAAUCAAGUGUGUCUUAAUAUGGGAAGCAGCAGUCAAGUACUGGGUUUACAGAUGCAGACUUUUAAACAUUUAAAGCAUGCAUUUAUUUCUCACCAAUUCAUUCUGUGAUUAGUGAUCUGCAGGGAGUUUUACAGCAACGCCUUGGUGGAAACGAGGGCAUGAAACUGGAAUGACCUGAUUUAAAUGUGCUGGAUGCUUUAGGAUUAUGUAAAGUCUUACUGGAAAAUUUGAAAUGUGUCUUGCGAGUCAACAAUGAUGCGUAAUCAAAUACAAGUGUGUCCCUUUUAAACUAGAGGAGGUUGCUGUAAGUCACUAAACACUCGGUUUGAGGGGAUGAAUCUGGCAGGAUGGAGCGUUAACAAAGAGGCGUUAUUUUUAGAUCUUUUAAGUCACGCUGCUUAUGAGCACGUGUGUCGUCGCUUGACUGGAAUGCAACAGGUUGGACAAAAUAACAACCUCCAGUGUUCAAGGCGUUGUUUGUCAGUGCCCGGCAGCACUGUUUGGGCAAACAGACGACUCCAGGAAAUUAUAUUUCAAAUUCAGGAAUUUGUUUUUUUUCGAUUCCCUCAGAGUAAAGCUACUGGGAGAGAGAAGUAAUCUGUGGUUUACAAGAAUUAUAUUUCCUUGCCCAAAUAAUCCUCUAUAUUUUUAAAACGAUAAUG